GUAGGGCCUAUAGAAGAAGUAUUGUAAUCGUGCAUUGAUAUUUUGUCAGUUUUCGCUGUUUUACAGUUCCCUACUUUAUCAUUUACGGAACAUUGUAAUCGUGCAAAAAAAAAAAAUAUAAACAGAUUUUGACAAACUUUGAUGGUUUACAUUCUGUAUGUCUGUAAACAUGAUUAUUUGAGUACCAUUUCAGUAAUGUGUAAAAAUUUCCAUAUAUAUAAGUAUUAAACCAAUUUGUAGAUCUGUAUCAACUUUUGAGCGAUUUCGACAAACCGGGAGUGGUACACACUUUAAUCAAAGGCCAGUAUGUAGACUGCCUUUUAAGUAAGCUACAUCUUGAGCAAUUUGCAGUUUCUUAUUAAUCAUUGAAGCUGAAUCUUGAGUGAGCAAACGUCUGACAGACGCUAAAUAUCUUAAGAAGACAGAAUGAUUCUCCAGUGGAUUCUGGUUCUCACAACUGCCGUGCUUGUCCAUUCUGGACAGAUAGUUCAUGCUCCUUCUGGAACUUUUCAAGGAACUUUCUGGAAGACCAAGCAUGAUAUCACCCAUAAUGCCUUUCUAGGUAUACCUUAUGCCAAGCCACCUGUUGGGGAGCGUAGAUUCAAACCACCUGAGAUGAUACCACCUUUAGAAGGUGUGUAUGAUGCGACAGAAUUUAAAGCCUUCUGCAUCCAGAUAAACCUUCUACCCCCAAUGCAUGGGCUGGGCCCAGGGGAGGAGGACUGUCUGUAUCUCAACAUUUUCUCACCAGAGUCAGCAGACGCAGCUGCUGGAGAUUUAAAAUCAGUGUUUGUGUUCUUCCAUGGAGGUGGAAAUUUCAAUGGUCAAGCCAACAUUUACAACCCUGGUCAGCUGGUGACAACCCAAGACAUCAUUGUGGUGACUGUCGGCUACCGGCUGGGCUACCUCGGCUUCUUGAGUACCCUGAGCCCUGGGUGUGAGGGGAACUUUGGCCUCAAGGAUCAGAUCCUCUCAGUGGCCUGGGUCAAGGAGAAUAUUCAGGCGUUUGGUGGGGACCCUGGUAGCAUUACAAUUGGUGGAGAAUCAGCAGGCGCCAUUGAUGUGUCAUUCCUUACAAUAGCUUCAGGGACCAGAAAUUUGUUUGCCAGGGCAUUUUCUAUGAGUGGAUUAACAGGGGUUCAGCACCCAUUUAUAGUUCGUAAUGCCAAGUCUACCGCCAUUAAGGUAGGGAGACAAGCUGAGUGUCUUAAGGAAGGUCAGCCUGACCCAACUAGUGAUGAGGAUUUUGACAGGCUGGUGCAGUGUCUGCGUGAGGUGCCUGCCACAGUGUUUGGGAUUGAGUAUACUCCGGCUGUUCCAGAAUUAGGGCCAGUAGAGUAUGGAGACUUGUUCCCCAAGAAAAUUGAAGAUCUUUUCAAUGAUGAAAGCUACUUACACUCUUUAAACUUUUUUGAAAGAGAUUACUUAAUUGGUUUUGACUAUAACGAGGGAGAUAUAUUCACAGUGAUGAACAAUGAGGUGGAGAAAUCUCUCCCUGAGGAUGUAAGAAAAAAUCUACCGCCCAACGGAAUGUUCCGUGGCACAGUGACCCAUUUUCUGAGUUCAAAGUUUGGGCCAGUUAGUGAAACGGUGGUCAGUAAUGUCAUAGACUACUACAGCAGCAGCUACGAGGUCAGUCCACUGGCAGACUUUGCAGCAGACGCCAUCUUUCACAUCCCAACGUUUGAGUGGGCCUCAGCCGCCACUCGUGGACUAGCUAUGGAAGACAGUAAGGUUCACAUGUUUAGGUUUGUUCACUGGCCCAAGUUCAUGGCCGGCCCAUACAAGGGGAUGAUUCAUGGCACUGACCUGCUCUAUUUGUUUGACCUUGACCCAGAUUUUUUGAAAAAGAUUAUUGACUUGCAUAUCAAUGGCAGUCUGUGGGGGGAAGAGGAUGACUACUUGAAGGAAAAGUACAUCUCUAUGGUCGCAGACUUCAUCAAAACAGGCAACCCUGGACUGUCAGUUGACCCCGAGCUGCCCACACCGUGGCUGCCAUUUGACCAGCAGGAGGGUCACUACCUGCAGUUUGGCAUCACACCUGAGCUCAAGACUCAGUUCAAACCUGAACGCCUUUUCUUCUGGGCCACCCAAAUUCCUGAGUGGAUAGAGGAGUAUCCAGUGGAUCAGACGACUCACACGGAGCUUUGAGGAGUUGUAUGACAUUUUGUGUCACAGACUUUGUCUGACAUUUUGUGUCACAGACUUUGACAUUUUGUGUCACAGACUUUGACAUUUUCUGUCACAGACUUUGACAUUUUGUGUCACAAACUUCGUCUGACAUUUUGUGUCACAGACUUUGACAUUUUGUGUCACAGACUUUGACAUUUUGUAUUGCAGUGUUUAAGUCUGACAUUAUAUAUCAAGUACUUUUCUGUGUGUUUAUGAUUGCUGUGUAAAAAAAAUGUUCAAAAGGAAUGUUGUAUGAAAGAUUAUGCUGGAAAAUGAAUUUUGCAUGUUUAACUAUGCAGGAAAAUGAAUGUUUGAAAAACUAAUAAGGAAAAUGAAUGUUGCAUGUUAAAUUAUGCAGGAAAAUGUGAUUUCUAGUUGUAUAAAGUGCAAGACAUGUGCUGUAAAAAAUGUUUUCAUUUUAACAAUCAUUGCUACAUAAAGACGAUAAUUUUUUUAUUGUAUUUGUCAGUUGCCUAGUUACUUCCUUAUUUAUCUGUAACGGUUAGCCAACCAAACCACUGGUUGUGAGAAAUGUUGAAAAUAAUGAAAUGCUUUCAUUCAGUUUAAACUUACACAUGCUUGCGGUAAUGUUACGGAAACACAUUUUGUUUCAGUUGUUUUAAAAUUUUAAAUGCUCACAAUAAAAAAUUUAAACCAUUGCA